CCCAUACACCUCCUCUUUCAACGGCCAUAUCUUUUGCCAUCCAUCCAUCCAUCGAACAUCAUGUCGACCGCCGAACUCGCUGUUGUCUACGCUGCCCUCAUCCUUCAGGAUGGUGAAGUUGAAAUCUCCGCUGACAAGCUUGAGACUUUGGUCAAGAAGGCUGGUGUCACUGUCGAGCCCAUCUGGUUCAACAUUUUCGCCAAGGCUUUGGAAGGUCAGGACCUUAAGGAAUUGUUGAGCGGUUUGUCGCAGCCCGGUGCCAGCGCUGCUCCCGCUGGUGGUGCUGCCGCCGCUGCCGGUGGUGACGCUCCCGCUGCUGAAGAGAAGAAGGAAGAGGAAGCCGAGGAAUCGGAUGAGGAUAUGGGCUUCGGUCUUUUCGAUUAAACGCAUCACAACAGCUUUGUUUUUGUUGUAUGAUCAUCCAAUCUACCUUCUCACCAAUAAAAAACACCCCAACACAAACCACUCUUCAACCACAGA